AUGCCUUCCAAAGUGGCCUCCGCACCGGCAGCCAUGUCGACUCCGCCACCAAAGAAGAAGAAGGGCGGCUUCUUUGGCUGUCGCUCCAAGCAUGCUCUCGACUCGCUUCCACGAAACGCACGAGGCGACAACGCGGCCAUCCACCGUCUGCAAGCACGCAACGUCUUUGCACACACUGCGCACACGUCCGACUCUUCGACAUCCACCGCCGCGACUGCCUCACCCUUUGACGAGAAAAAGCUCCCCGAGGCCACAACUCUCACCUUUUCGCCACCAGAGACCGCGGUAGUUACGCCGAUCAAGCCGCUGUAUGCUCAGGAGGUCAUCGAUGGUGCAGAGGCUGCAACAUUAGCUCACGAGCACUCGGUACCAGCCGAGGCUGAAGAAAUUGAGGAAGAAGCACGGGACCUUGUGCUCGACGAUAUUCCACUUGCGCCUCCGUCGAGGCCAACAACGCCAGGCGCUGUGAGGAGCUUGAGCGUAGCGAGCAAGUCGGGGAGGAUCAAGCGUUCGCUCAGCCUCAAGCGCAGCGGCAGCAGUGCAAGUGCGAGCCUCGUCGCGCGCGCGCCGCCCGUGAGCUCGGCCGACUUUGCCGACCUGCCCGAAUCGUCCAGCUCGUCUUCGGACCUAACGCAGCGCGAGUCGCUGGGCGACAUGGCAUCCAUCCGCAAAGCGCGAGGUCGGCACCAGAGCUCGGUGCUGCAUCAACACACGAUCGCCGAUAUCAGCGAGGACGACUACCUGACGCGCGAGACGACGCUCGUCGCUCCCGAGCCUGUGCUCAGUACCCGCACGUCGGCAUCGGCGCUGUCAUCGGCAGAGGCAGCAGGCAUGCACGAGUCGGACAGCAUGCGGGCAGUUGCGGCAGCCCUCGAGGGAUCCAACGAUUCGUACAGCUUCCAGCCUGGGCCUGCCGUCGGCACGCCGAAGCUCGAGCCGCCCUCGCCGACCAAAUCGGCGUAUGCGGCCGAGAUCCGCUCGCAGCGCGCGCAGAGCGAGGAUACAGUGGCCGAGCUCCCCGCCGCCAGGGGCUUCUGGGACACGCCUGUCGAAACGGAGGAGUGUGGACCUGGCCGCACGAUUCCGUUCCAGUACGUGACCAACCUCGCGCGGCCGGUGUCGAUUGCGUCGCUGCGUUCGCUCGCGUGUCCCAACACCCCGCCACGCACAUCGUCGCGCCCGACCUCGCCGGACGGCACCUACUCGGGCACACCUUUGCGCGCCCAGCGCAGCUUCUCCAACUCGCCGCUCAAGCGCCAGGCGACAUUCAACGGUUUCCCGCGAGCGUUCUUCCCGGGCUCCACUGCGCUGCGUCACUCGCCCAGUACUGCAAGCCACACGAAACGCAAGCCGGUGCCACAGGCCAUUCCGGCGCUCGAAUUCCAGCACCCCUCUCGCCCACAGGAGGACGAAGAGAAUGCGGUGGAACGACAGCUUGGGUGUGCGAAUUGCGGCAGUGUGUCGGACCAGCGCGAGUUUGCGGCGUUUGUAGCCAAGGGUAAGGCGUCGCGACGCACGCCUGCCAAGCAGUCGCUUAUCCCCACCCCCUCGACGGCGUCUCUGAGGCGUAAGCGCACGGGCGCAGCCGACGAGACGCUCGGCGAAGCAACACUUAAGCGCUGGGGUCUCGCCGAAGCCUUCAAAGCCUCGACGCAGCAGGAUGAGACCACGGCCGAGCCAACGCCCACAUCGCCCGCACGACCGGCCAAGAAGAUGGUCCCCGGCCCGGGGGGUGGGUACAUCACCGACACCGCCAACGUGCGCUGGUGCUCGGCACUCGACGAGAUCAAGAAGGCUCUCGCCGUCCCGGACGAUGGCGAGGACGAAGAACACGCAGAGACUACCGACGCGCUGCGCGACGCCGAUGCGCUCCUUGCAAAGCUCGGCGUCGAGACCAACUAG